UCAGAAAUGAAUUAUUUUGCAGCACUUUCCUUGUUACUUGUAAUUUUAGAAAGAGGGGAAACAGCGGAGCCAGAAAACUCAGAUGUUAUAAGCUUCAUUACAAGAGAAAAAUGCUUCUCUGAGUUGGGCUGUUUCAGUGCCAAAGCUCCUUUCUUCGACAUCGUCGAAAGACCCCUCAGCCUCCUGCCAGAUGAUAGAGAAUCUAUCAACACUAAAUUCCUGCUCUUCACACUAGAAAAUCCAUAUGUACCGCACAUAUUCAACAACAUGGACUCAUCUCUGAAUAAUCUGCCAGAAACGGCAUUCAAUCCUAAGUCGAAGACAAAGUUCGUAGUUCCAGGAUUCAUCAGUAGCGUCGCCCCUAAAUGGAAACAGGCCCUGGUAAACGCAUUACUAAAGUCCGAAAACUCCAACGUAUUUUUAAUAGACUGGAGUGGAGGUGAUGGUCCCCUCUACGAGCAAGCCGUUGCCAACACUCGUAUAGUGGGAGCGGAAAUUGCUUUGUUCAUCAAACACUUACAGAGUCGAACUGGCAUGUCACCAGAAUCGGUUCACAUUAUCGGUCACAGCUUAGGUUCCCACAUUGCAGGCUAUGCUGGAAAAAACUUAACUCAAUCUGGUUUAAACCUGGGAAGAAUUUCGGCAAUGGAUCCAGCUGGUCCUUAUUUCACAGGUGUUGAUCCAGUUGUCAGGUUGGACAGAAAAGAUGCUUUAUUAGUGGAUGCUAUUCAUACAAACGCAGCUCAGACUAGAUUUCAAGGAUUUGGCAUUACUGAAAGUAUAGCGCAUUUUGACUUUUAUCCAAAUGGAGGUCAUCUUCAGAUUGGAUGCAAAGAUAUGGGACAUGCCAUUGUUUCUAUGCUCACUCAUCCACACUUUGAUCUUGAUGGCCUUUCUGAUAUUAUGUGUAAUCACCAGAGAUCUAUUGCUCUAUUCAUUUCGAGCAUUCUGAGCGUAGAUUGCGAGCUUAUGGGAGUCGUCUGCGACAGCUGGGAAGAUUUCACUGCUGUAAAAUGUGGUGACUGCUCAGUCGGUAGCUCAAGGACUUGCGUUGCAAUGGGAAUGCAUGCAGAUGCAUACGCAAGCUACGUUCUCAAAGAUCGAUCUAUCAAUUUGUAUCUAAAUACGACCGCAUCAGCACCAUUUUGUUUGCAUUAAAAAUUAUUUU